AUGUACAUGCACAUCAGCUUUUUGAAUGGGAAGGACAGUACUGGUGCCAUUGUUCCAGCCGAAGAUGGUGGCGACCAUGGUGAUGGUGAAAAUGAAAACCCAGUAGACCCAGUGGACCCAGCACCUUUAGCCGAUUCAGUGGCAGAAGCCAGUGAGGAGAAUAGAGAAGAUGAUGAUGAGUAUGAGCCAUCCACGCCCGUGGCGGAUGCCCCGGAUGAACAUGGAAGUGCUCCGGCCAGUGGAGUCUUGUCCCGGGGGAAGUCAACCAUGGAAAUCGAAGUGGCUGUGAAUGAUUCUUCGGAUGAGGACAUGAAUGAGGACAUGGAUGAUAUCCCGCCUACACAGGUGGUUCCGGACCCAGAGUCUUCCGCCACAGCUUUGCCAGAUGGCAAGGAGGAGUCUGAGUAUGACAUGUACACCCCAGAAGACAAGAAGCUUCCUCUCUACCCAAACCCUGAGAUGGAGGCCGAGAAGACAGCUAAGAGGGCUACACAGAAAUCCCUGAAGAACAAGAAGGCCUUUGAGGAAAUCCCUUCUGAGGGCUUUGAUUCGUCAGUUUCGCUGGAGACCAUGGAAGAGGAACUGGCACGCCUUAUGGAGCAACGGGACUUGUUGACCUUUGGGAAAGCCAAGAGGGCGUCCGCAUUCCCCAGCGAAGUGAUUGAGAUCCCGGAUACUUUGGGCCUACCUUUUGGUGAUGACCAGGUUGAGACAGUUCCCAUGACUGAUUCUAUGGUGGACCAGAGUGUGGACAAGUUGUUGCAUGAGAUGGAAGAGAAUGAUAAGCUGUUGGCGAAGAUCAACCAGGGACUUGGUAAUAAGGGCGACCAGAAGGAGCCAGUUCUUCUUCGACGAGACCAGCUGCGCAUCAAGAGCCAGGGCGCUGAGGACAACGAGGGCGAUGAGAAUGGGAAGGAUGAGGGAGAGAACCAUGGCCGAGGCCGCGGUCGUGGCAGACCCCGAGGCAAAGGCAGAGGAAAGGGCAGAGGAGGCAAGGGCAAGAGCAAAGACAAGAGCAAAGACAAGAGCAAAGACAAGGGCAAAGGCAAGAGCAAAGACAAGAGCAAAGACAAGAGCAAGGCACCCGCAAGUUCAUCUGCAAAGCCUGACAAAGCCCCCAAACCUCGGAAGAGUACCAAGCCGGACAAGCCUGCCAAGUGUGACAAACAUGAUGAGGUUGGAAAAUCUGACAUGCCUGAGAAGCCUGAGGAGCCUGAGAAGAAGCCUGCCAGGAGUGCCAGAUCCAAACGAACCAAGUCUACAACAAGUCCAAGUGCAGGCAAUGAGGUCAAGCCGGCAGAGUCGAAGGCAGCACCAUCUCGGAAGAGAGCAAAGGCUGCAGUUGCAGAGGAAACGGAGGGCACCGAGAAGGCUGAUGGGGAAAAGAAGAAGGAGAAGGGAGAACCUUCAACAUUUGCCCGAAGGCGCCGACCCAAGACCCAGACCUUGAAAUGGGACAAUUUGAAGCGGGUGUUCAACGCAGAGAUCCGCCCUUCUCUUGUCGCCAAGGGCAUGGGAGCAUCCCUGCAUGAGGAUGUGACGGCAGAGAACAUGUUGGAGGAGGCCCAGGAGGCUGCUAGCCAAUACCUUCUCACAGUGGUCACUCCUGCCAUGUCGGGGCGAGGCGAUGGAUGGAAGCGCCGCCUAUUGGAUGAGGAUGUGUUCCUACGUGCCCUCUGGGAAUCGGCUUACAGCUUUGUGGAGCUGUUCUGUGGAGAUGCUUGGGUAUCACGAGUCAUGCGCAGUGGUGGAUAUCAAACAGCAAGCCUUGAUAUCCGUUUGGGUGGUUCUACAUGGGCCCAGAGAAAAAAGCAAAAUCCAUUUGAUCUUUGUGAAGAUUCUGGGUUCCUGCUAGCAUUGGUAGCAAUCUUGAACCUGCGAAUGGAUGGGGCUAUGGUCCUAAUAGGGCUUCUAUGUUCGUCUUUCGUGAGCAUAAAUCGUGCUACGAACAGGCGGUUUCCAUUUGAUCCUUUAGGCAAUUUGCUGGUGGAAGGGGUCAGGGUUGGAAAUUUGCUCACGACUCGGACUUGUUUAUUGAUUUGGGUAAUCCAAGCUAUGGGUGCGGCCUUCGUACUGGAGCAACCACGGAGCUCUAUGUUGUUGUGGCAUCCAAGAAUCAGAGAAGUGAUGAGGAGUUUACCCAAGACUUACUUGGUCUACUGGUGGAUGCAACAUUUUGGAGGAUUGACAGCGAAAAGACACCUUGGGAUCUCUAAUGCUGAGACAGUUGGUGACUUUGAUUUUGGGAAGAUAUGCAAAUCUACUCGGAAGAAGUUGGCAAAUUCUUCUGCUAAGUCUUCUGUCACCUACCGCUCCAAAUCUGGAAAGAAGGCUUUCAGUGGAUCGAAGUUUUUGAAAUCCACCGGGACGUAUCCACCUCGCUUCGGAAAGCACGUUCGACGACUGUACCCUAGAUUCAUCAAGGAACGUGAAGUACAGUGGGAUUUGUCUGAACAGGUCUUGAAUCAAGACAUAGAAUCUUUCUUUGGUUCCCUUGAAUGGGGUGACCUUUGGCAUGAUGCUGAAAUGACUAAUGUUCUGGCCUACUUACGUGGCUCUCGCCAUUUGCAUUUAGGUCAUUGGAGGCCGUAUUUUCCUGAUGAGCUUUGA